AAGAUAACCCAUCGAAACUUGUCUCCCUCAUUUUCUUCCCAUCGUUUCUAUUCUGAUAAAGAAUCGAAAUUCUCAAUACACUUUUAUCAAUAGUCUUGUUUUCCAUCUUUUUUUCCCGAAAAAAAAUUCUCUUUUCUGGGUAUAUUUUCAGAAUCGAAAAGUGUUCAUUUUCUUGGUGGGACGGUAAAGUUUGGAAAAACCCAUGGGAAAUCAUGGAAGCAAGAGAACAUCAGAAACACCGUCAUCGUCAUCUAUCACUCUUAGCAGCAAUUUGCAGUACACAACUGAACUGAGUUCCUAUGAAGCUGCUUGCAAGCUAGACAAGGAGUUGCAGACAUUCGACACCAAUGUCCAAGCUCGAACGAAUCAUGUCAUCAACACACUAGCAAUGGGCGUCGAAGCUCGAGCCGUUUCAUUCGAUUCGCUCAGAGAGGUAACCGGUUGUCUUUUGGAGAUGAACCAAGAGGUGGUUAGAGUUAUCUUGGAGUGCAAGAAAGAUAUAUGGAAGAACCAAGAAUUGUUUGAGCUCGUCGAGGAGUACUUCGAGAACAGCCUGCAAACACUUGAUUUUUGCUCUGCAUUAGAGAAAUGCCUGAAGCGAGCCCGAGACAGCCAAUUGCUGAUAUUAAUGGCUCUGCAACAAUUCGAGGAAGAAAGCGAGGUCGGCGGGAGCAAAUACGUGAGGACGUUGGAAGAACUGAGGAAUUUCAAGGCAGGAGGGGACCCUUUCACCGAGGAGUUCUUUCAGAUAUUUCAAUCUGUUUACAGGCAGCAAAUAGCAAUGCUGGAGAAAUUGCAGCAGAGGAAGAACAAGCUAGACAAGAAGCUUAAGUACAUUCAGGCAUGGCGUAAGGUAUCGAGUAUGAUAUUUGUCGCUACAUUUGCUGCCGUGCUGAUUUGUUCAGCCGUGGCGGCUGCAAUGGCGGCACCACCGGUUGCCGCCGCACUCGCUGCUGCAACAUCGAUCCCCUUAGGUUCUAUGGGGAAAUGGAUUGAUUCUCUGUGGAGAAACUAUGAAAAUGCACUGAAAGGACAAAAGGAAGUGAUUACCUCAAUGCAAGCAGGCACAUAUGUGGCUAUUAAAGACUUGGAUAACAUCCGGGUUCUUGUCGAUCGUUUGGAGAUCGAAAUCGAAGCUCUGUUACAGAACGCGGAUUUCGCAAUAGAGCAAGAAGAUGUGAAGAUUGGGAUAGAUGAGAUCAAAAAGAAGCUUGGGGUGUUUAUGAAGAAUGUGGAGGAUUUGGGGCAACAAGCCGAUAUUUGUAGCCGGGAUAUCAGGAGAGCAAGGACUGUUGUUCUUCAAAGGAUCAUAAAACAUGGCAACAACUGAAAUCAUUUGAUUCCUGGGAAUUUGACCUACUUCAAGUUGAUGCUGACAAUGUUGACAAGAAGAAAAAAAAAUGAUGAUAUUUGAUUAAUUUACAACAUCUUGUUUUGGGACACUACAUGUUUGCUUCUUAAGGUUAUUGUUCUGUUGAAGAUUAUGGUAUUUAUUUUA